UCGUUCUUUGCUGAUCGAAACACCACGACCAUGUGGAUAUUACCCCUGGUUGGCUAUCUAGGCCUUGCGCUUGGAUUCUCCUUCCUAACACUUGCGAUCGCAUCUGGCCUGUACUAUCUCUCGGAGCUGGUUGAAGAGCAUACCGUUCUGGCCAAAAAACUCUUGACCCGGCUGAUAUAUCUGGUCGUCGCUAUCCAAGUACUGCUGGCUCUCUUCGACAAGUUUCCGCUGGGGCUCUCGGCUCUUGCCAUUGCCAGUCAUGGUGUUUACCACCAGAAUCUACGCCGCUUCCCCAUUGUCAAGCUCACUGACCCCNCACUCGUCCUUCUGAACCACUGGCUAUGGUUCUGCCAUUUCUCCGCUCCGCCUUCGUCUCCUCCAAGACACUACAACUACUACGCCCCAAAUGAGUCCAUUCCAAGCUUUAGCGAAGUCGCUGCGUUCUUUGGACUACAAGUCUGGCUUGUGCCUUUCGCACUCUUCGUCUCGCUGUCUGCUGGCGAGAACGUUUUGCCGAGUAUGGGCAGCGAAUACGCUACGGGCGCUGGCAGCAGCUUCAUCUCUGCUGGAAAGGAACCCGACAAUGCUGCGACGGCUUAUGCCUCGGCUUCUGGUGCGCGUAGAUCGCGCUCUGGAACAAAUGCUGGUAUGGCCAAAGCUGCUGUCAUGGGCGUUCGUGAAUGGAUUGGCGAAACAGGAGAGCUCAUGGGCUUCUGGAGAGGCGAGCGAACGAGGCCUUUCUGA